AUGAAUCAAUUAUUAAUAGAACGCCAAAAUUUACCAAUAUACAAACACAAAAAUGAAUUAAUAAAAAAAAUCAAACAAAAUCAAAUCACAAUUAUAGCAGGGGAAACCGGUUGUGGUAAAACCACAUAAAUCCCAUAAUAUAUACUAGAAGAAUAAAUCAACCAAAAUAAAAUGAUUGCUGUUACAUAACCAAGGCGAGUUGCAGCAAUUACAAUAGCUUAAAGAGUUUCUUAAGAAGCUAAUACUAAAUGUGGUCAAUUAGUAGGAUAUAGUGUAAGAUUUGAAGAAGCUUUAAAUAAAGAAAAGACAAAAAUUCUUUAUAUGACAGAUGGUAUGUUGCUAAGAGAAAGUAUUAUAGAUAAUAAGUUAAAUAGAUUUUCUGUAGUUAUAAUUGAUGAAGCACAUGAAAGAACUAUAAAUACAGACUUAUUAAUGUAAAUAUAUUAUUAUUUAAUAAUGCUUAUUUUAUUUAUAUUGAAAAGAUCAUUAUUAAAAAAAUUAGCUGAAAUUAGAAAAAAUAAUUUUAAAAUAAUAAUUAUGUCAGCCACUAUAGAUACAAGCCAAUUUUCUAUUUUUUUUAAUACUGAUAAUAUAGUUUAUUUGUAAGGCAGAUGUUUUCCAAUAGAAGUAUUUUAUACAAAAAAACCUUAAGCUGAUUAUCUAGAUUCUGCUUUAAAUACAAUUCUUUAAAUUCAUUUUGAAGAAGAAUAGGGGGAUAUUUUAGUUUUUUUAGUUGGUUAGGAUGAUAUAGAAGAUUUAUAUGAAAUGUUAAAAGAAAAAAUGUAGUAAUUUCCUCUAAAUUCAUAAUAUCUUUCUAUAUUUUGUUUAUAUGCUGCCCUUCCUGCCCAUAAGCAGUUAGAAGCGUUUUAGAAAUGUGAGUAAGGAUAUCGAAAAGUAAUACUAGCUACAAAUAUAGCAGAAACUUCUGUUACAAUUGACGGAAUAAAAUACGUAAUAGAUCCAGGAUUAGUCAAAACAAGAAAAUAUAAUCCUAAUAAAAUGAUGGAAAUGCUUUUUGUUGUUCCUAUUUCUAAAUCUUCUUCAUUAUAAAGGGCAGGAAGGGCUGGAAGAUAAACAUAAGGAAAAUGCUUUAGACUUUAUAGUAAAAAUACAUAUGAUACUUUAGCUGAAUUUAUGCCUCCAGAAAUUUUAAGAUCAAAUUUAUAAACUGUAAUCUUAUAAAUGAAAGCUAUGAAUAUUUAAAAUGUAAAAGAAUUUGAAUUUAUUGAUAAACCAGCAGCUAAUAAUUUUAGUUUAGCGCUUUAAAGUUUAAAAUAAAUGAAUGCACUUGAUGAAAAUGAAAAAAUUACAUAGCAUGGUAAAGACAUGUCAGAACUACCGUUAGAACCUGUUUAUUCUAAUUUUAUGCUUUCUACAAUAUAAAUUAAUAGUAAGUGUAUAAGUACUGUUUUAUCUGCAAUAAGUAUGAUGUAAGUUGAGAAUAUAAUUUUUAUACCUAGAGGUGAAAAGAAAACUAUUUUUGAUAUUUUGAAUAGAUUUUAAUAAGGGAAUAGUGAUUAACUUACAAAAGUUAAUAUAAUGCAUUAAUAUUAUUUAGCAAAAAAUAAAAAAAGUUUUUGUAAAGAAAACUUUAUUAAUAAAAAAAAUAUUAAGAAAGUUUUUUAAAUAAGAGAUUAAUUGGAAAAAUACUUAAAAAAUAUUUUUAAUAAAAAAACUAGUGUUUAAUAUAAUACUAGUGUAUUAUAAUAAAUAGAAGUUGAAGCUUUUUCUUAGUGUAUUUCAAAAGGUUUAUCUGUAAAAAUAGCUAAAGUAAAUAAUGAUGGUUCAUAUACAAUUUUAUAAAGCAAUAUAACUGCAUAUUUACAUCCUGAAAGUCUUCUUUUUUAUCUAAAACCGAAACCUUAGUAUAUAGUAUUUAAUGAAGUUGUAUAAACAGCUAAAAUUUAUUUAAGGGAUGUUACUGAAAUUAGUUAUAAUGAUUUUAAAAAAGCAACAACAUAAAAUUGA